GCUUGGUAACGGCCAAACUCUCGGAGGAGCCCUUGCCCCUUCUCUCCGCUAGGUGACACUAGAAGGUCAGCGGAAAGACAGGUGGCUCGGAGUGUGGCGCCGGCGUCGCGGCCCACAGGACUGGGGCCUUCCUCGAUAGAGGGAAACCCUAGAGGCUGGAACGAGAAUUGUACAUCUCUUCCACCCGGGGUUCUGAAGGUGUACCACAUAUUAGUUCAACAAUUCUAUACAUUAUCCUGUGCUCACAAUGAGUCUGAACUGAAGAGUUUUUGUUCUAGAAAUAUACUGAUCAUCCUUGGCUUCUCCUCUAUCAUGGCUGUGAUUGCUUUGAUCGCUGUGGGGCUGACCCAGAACAAACCAUUGCCAGAAAAUGUUAAGUAUGGGAUUGUGCUGGAUGCAGGCUCUUCUCACACGAGUUUGUACAUCUAUAAGUGGCCAGCGGAAAAGGAGAAUGACACAGGGGUGGUGCACCAGAUAGAAGAGUGCAAGCUGAAAGGUCCCGGAAUCUCAAGAUAUGCUCAAAGAUUAAACGAAAUAGAUGCUUAUCUGACUGAAUGCAUGGAAAGAGCCAGUCAAGUGAUUCCAAAGUCCCAGCACCAAGGGACGCCUGUUUACCUGGGAGCUACGGCAGGCAUGCGGUUGCUCAGGAUGGAAAAUGAACACUUGGCAGACAAAGUCCUGAGUAUGGUGACCAAGAGCCUCAACAACUACCACUUUGACUUCCAUGGUGCUAGAAUCAUCACUGGCCAAGAGGAAGGUGCCUAUGGCUGGAUUACUAUCAACUAUCUGCUGGGAAAAUUCACUCAGAAAUUGAGCUGGCUCAACCUGAAGCCAAAUGGAGGCAAUUCUCAGGGAACCUAUGGAGCUUUAGACCUUGGGGGAGCCUCUACACAAAUCACUUUUGUGCCCCAAAACGAGAGGAUUGAGUCUCCAAGCAACGCUCUGCACUUUCGCCUCUAUGGCAAGGACUACAGCGUGUACACGCACAGCUUCUUAUGCUAUGGGAAGGAUCAAGCGCUCAGGCAGAAACUGGCCAAGGACAUUCAGGGUACAAAUGGAAUCCUCAGGGACCCAUGCUUUCACCCUGGAUAUGAAAUAGUAAUGAAUGUAAGUGAACUUUACAGUGGCCCCUGCACCAAGAGAUUUGAGAUGACUCUUCCAUUCGAUAAGUUUCUAAUCCAAGGCACUGGAAACUAUCAACAAUGCCAUGAAAGCAUCCUUGAACUCUUCAACACUAGUUACUGCCCUUACUCCCACUGUUCCUUCAAUGGGAUUUUCUUGCCACCACUUCACGGGGAUUUUGGGGCAUUUUCAGCUUAUUACUAUGUGAUGGAGUUUUUAAACUUUACAUCAGAGGAAACCCCUACUCAGGAAAAGGUGAUCGACAGUAUGGAAAAGUUCUGCUCUCAGCCUUGGAACGAGCUGAAGACAUAUUUUGGUGAUGUGAAGGAGAAGUACCUGAGUGAAUAUUGCUUUUCUGGAGCCUAUAUCCUCUCUCUCCUUCUGAAUGGCUAUCAUUUCACAGCUGAUUCCUGGAAGAAUAUUCAUUUCAUGGGCAAGAUCCACAGCAGCAGUGUCGGAUGGACUCUGGGCUACAUGCUGAACCUGACCAACAUGAUCCCCGCUGAGGAGCCGCUGUCCACACCUCUCUCCCACUCCACAUAUGUCUUCCUCAUGGUCCUCUUCUCCCUGAUCCUGGUUGCAGUGGCCAUCAUAGGCUUGUUUAUCUUUCACAAGCCUUCAUAUUUCUGGAAAGACAUGGUAUAGCAGGAGCAGCUGAAAUCUGCUGGCUGGAGUGAGAAAAAAACUUGCCCAGGGAGCAUUUUCCUCCACAGUGGUGUUCAAAGUCAUCCCUCCUUGCUCACCAAGGCCAGUCUUGACCAGCACGGAGCUUCCCUGGCUUUUGCUGCUGCCUUUCCAUGGGAGGUAUUCACCACCACCUGCCUCAAGGACUACCCUGCAGACGUCGUCUCUUUUGUGAGUCCUUCCCAUCUCCCCUUUUCUCUUUUGUACUCUGUGCUUGUGUAGGUCUGGAAGACCUGCUGCCUUUCAUGAUCUUAGCUCUAUAAAAGAACAAUCCUGACUUUGUCCUGAAGAACUGAGGGUCCUGCGUCCUGCGCUGGGAAGCUGCGCUGGCUGAAAGAAGAAUCUCAGGAACCGGUUCAGCUGUACUCACAAAGACCCUUUCUUUCUCCUGUUGCCCAUUUAUUAAGAACGCCAUACAAUGCCUCUGGAGAGGGCAAACACACAUCUCAUUCCCAGCCUGCUGUUUGCACAGGAGAAUUUUCUAGACGAGACAAAUAUGUGCUAGAGCCAAAGAGUCUCGCAAGGGAAUUUAUGUGCUUGUGUAAUUAAUACAAUACUUGAGCCAAUCCAAAACAGGGAUGUGGAUGAGUUACAUGUUCCUCGGUGAUGCCAAAAUGCUACAGAACAGGACCCCCAGACUAGAGAUUUUUUUUAAAAGCUGACGUGACAUAUAAGCAUUCAGAUAUAAGGGCAUACUACAUGGUAGGUAAACAUGUCAGGAAGAAAAAUACAAUUACUAUGAAGAAUUUGGAAAAUGCAGCCUUCAGUAUAUCUAUUGGGCUUUUAUUUUUAUUGUAAUAAAAAUACAUAUAACAUGGAGUUCACCAUUUUAAUGUGUACAAUUCAAUUGCAUUUAGCAUAUUCACAGUGUUGUGCAACCAUCACCACUAUCUAAUUCCAGAAUAUUCUGCCCACCCAGAAAUUAGCUGGAGACAAGACCACCCCUGGGUGGGUUCAAACCAUCAACCUUCUACUUAAUAGCCAAAGAUGCUAAUCAAUUGCACCACAAGACGCCCACUGAGUUUUAAAGCCACUCCAGGCCUUACUGUCACAGGGUUUAAUUUAGUGAGAGCUACAGCAUGCCUUUUCACUGCCAUGGCAUUUACUCAUCAAAGUGUGCCAGGAACCAGGUCUGAAAGUGUUGUUGCCACUCCUGUCACACAAGAAUGGGAUCUCUUUACUUAUUCCAUGGACUAUUUUGUGGGAGAAGCAGCAGCUAUGGACCUUGUCACAUAAACGUGAAGAGACCCUGUACUUUCUUCCUUUAAUGACUGCUGUAAGAGUUACCUGUUGAGUAGCGUGGAGUGGUGACGUGUUACUCUGAUGUUGUCCCAAGCUCCCAUCUCUGGAUCUGGGGACGACUGUUGAGCUGAUGCAGGGAGGAGGUGGGGUGGGGGAGGAAAAGCUUUCCCACAAACUGGAAGCCAAAUGCCCUUAUAUGUCUUGGAUAACUAAGUCAUUUUUUUUUUUUUUUACAACAUCCAGGUGAAUACAAGCUUAAUAAAACUGAGAACAGGAACUUUCUCUUUUCUGCUACUCACAAUUGAACUUGUUGUACUUUGAUUAGGAAUAAGAAGCCAAGUUUGGGCACGUUUAAACUCUUUUUAUUAGUCGAAGUGGCUCUGUUGUCACAGCUAGUAUUUAUGGAGCAUUUGUUGUGUCCCCAUGUUCUGUGCUUCCAUGCAUUACAUCCAUUCUCUCAUUCAAUCCCUACAACAAUCUGAAGAGAGCCACUACCACUCCCAUUUCACAGAAGCAGACUGAGGCUCAGAGAGGGUAAGUCACUUGCCCAAGUGGCUGACCUAAGGCCUGCAAUGCACUUAGCCAUUAUUUUCUCUCCCAAAUAUACUAGACUGGCUCUUUAUAACUUCUAAGGACACACUUAACUCUGUAUGAAUACAGGGAUCACAGGCAUGGUAGAAAGGAAAGUAGACACAUGAUCUCUUCCCUGAUGGACCUGUGAUUUAAUAUUGCUUUAAGUCCACAAAGUCUGUCAUGGCGACACCGAUACUCUGUUCACAUACUUUGCAUGGUGAUAUAUGUGGCAUACGAUGCUAAUCAAGGAUUCCCCAUAUUCCUGGCUUCUUAAUUAUAGUGCUUGCUCACUGCAUAGCAGUUCUGCAUCAAAUAAAUAAUAGUUGAUGAUACCGAUGAAAAUAAAAAGUCAUAUAACUAGAGCCAACAGCAGCUCCUUUCUUCCUUAUGUCUACAUACACAAAGCCCUGUCACGCACAUGCUCUAUUCUGAUUCUUAAAAAACCCCAUGAGGGCAUAAGUGCUAUUUCUAUUUUAUAAAUGAGGGUCACACAGACGAGUAGAUGGUAGAGUGGAUAUUCAAAUUCAUGUAUUCUGUCCCAAGUUUAUUGCUCUGUCUUUUCUAUAAGCACCGUCCCUUGGCAAAUUGGAAUUAUAAUCCACAAUUUUCCUUCAAUAAACAUGGAAAUCUUUUCUUAUUCCA